AAUCGUCCACUUAUCGAGCUUCUGAAAUUGCAAGUCACAACGUUGAGUCCGACUGUUGGCUUAUCAUUGCUGAUAAGAUCUAUGACGUAACCAACUUUCUUGCGGACCAUCCGGGCGGGCCAAAAGCCAUUUUACCGCAUUGUGGCAAAGACGUUACUGAGAGGUUCGACCUCCUCCAUGAUCGACGAGGAAUACGAAAAUGUGCCCCCGAUGCAGAGAUAGGAAUAUUACACCC